UCCUGUCUUGAACGUUACUAUCUUUACUAAGUAUUUACUAACACAGGGGACUAAUAGGCCUCAAGACCAACAUCAACCUACAAACCCUAAAAUCGCAGUAACUAUGCCACACAAAUCGCUUGCUGAAUUUCUUCAAAUAAAUAACAUAGAGACGACUUGGAUUCUUAUUUUAGGUGUGAGUGUAUUGGUGGCGAGGUGUGAGUGUCUGAGGGUGUUGACGCUGCAGGAGGACGGCGUUAUGAGUGACUCCACAUGGGCUCGGAGUACACGGAUUUCCCCUCGAACACCCUCCACCUCCGCCUGCAUUAGGUUCAAGGUGUUCUUCUUUAGACCCCUGACACAUGUCUUCUCCGUCGCCUCCCGUGAGGAGACCAGGGAGAUGAAUGGAGAGAUCUUCGUGGACUAUGUGCGUCCUAUCGUGUCGGCGGCGUUCUACUUCCUGGGUAUCUCUGAGCCCCUACAGGUGCUCACCUGGUACCACUACUGCCUCACCUACAACCACUCCGUCGCCCAGAUAGCUGCCUACCUCGAUGGCCAGCUCCAGGGCAUCAUCUCCAGGAAUACCACCAGGUGGUUUUCCGAGGCCACAAUGGUACUUGGCCAGUACAGCAUCAACUACCUCAGCGGGUACACAAAGACUCGAAGCUUCAGCGGACAAGUUACACAGGCUGGUGUAUGGGGGCGAACCUUGGCACCAGCAGAGGUGUCUCAGCUUGCAUCUUGUGGGUCCGAUCCCCCAGGACUCGCCAUCCCCUGGAAUCACGAGUGGAUCCUCAAUAACGCCUCCUUCAUCGAGGUCCCCGAGUAUGAGGUUUGCGAGAAGAAGAGCAAAUCAUCAUAUAUUAAAUUCCUUCCCAUGCCAUUCGAAAACGCUCGUAAGUUUUGUGCUGGUCUUGGGGGUUAUAUGCCUGUUCCUCAGUCUCUCGACCACGCCAAAGAGCUGCUGCGAAUCAUGUUUGAUCCGCCCGUGAUCAAACUCAUCUGGCUGGGGGCCACGGAUGAGCUUCAGGAGGGCGUCUACAUAAACACACACACUGGAGAGGAACAAAAGUGGUUCAAGUGGGGUAGCAACGAUCCCAAUGGGCUUAAGUGGCAAAACUGUCUCGCCCUUGAUUCGGAUUACUUACACGAUUAUCCUUGCCAUAUUACCAUGGAAGCCAUGUGUUUUCUAGAGUCCCAGAGGGAAUGGACGCUCAAAGGCCCCUGCGAGGAGGACAAGGCCAACUACAAGUAUAGUCUGCUGCAUCCGGCGCAAGGUAAGGUGGUGUUUCGGGGUUACUACCAAUACGAAAUCGUAGAGGAGGAUGAAUCUUGGACCUGGAGAAACGUAAUUGCCAACAAAGUCGUGGCUCGAUUACCUUUCCGCGAGGCACGCUGGCCCAUGGGGAGGCGAAACUGGACCGUGAUUGACGAAGUCUGUGAUAAUAAUGGAACACAACUCCUUCAGCUAAGCUCGUGCACGAAUCACGACUUCACGUGUAAGGACGGCUCGUGUGUGCCCCGCUUCCAGCGCUGCGACCGUCGUCCAGAUUGUCUGGACGGAAGCGACGAGCAGGAGUGUCGUCUGGUUGAUCGACCACUCGGCUACCACCACAGUCUUCCACCUCCAAACAGAAUUGCUGGCACUCCCUUGCCUGUGGGCCUUAAACUUAAGUUGGUGAGCCUCUCCUUAAGUGACAAGGACAGUUACCUGGAUGUCACCUACCACCUGAACCUCACCUGGUGGGACCUACGUAUUCGUUUCCAGAAUCUCAAGAAUGCUUCACGUCUCAAUCAGGUUCCCGUGACGGAGUACGACAGCCUGUGGACUCCAACGCUCACUCUGGUCAACGUGAGGGGGACGGAAAGGACGCUGGUGGACAAUGAGGCCAUCCUCACUAUCCACCGCCAGGGACACCCUCUGCCUGACGACCUGUCUAUCCCGGAAGAUGUCGACGUAUACCUGGGGAUGGAGAACCAGCUGAGCGUGGAGCGGAAGUACACUUCGCAGUUCCUGUGUGACCUCAACCUCCACCUGUACCCCUUCGACGAGCAACGCUGCUUCUUGAACCUCGAAGUCCUCUCGGCUGCCACGGACUUCUUGGUGCUGGAUACGAACUCGUCUUCAGUCUCCUACGUCGGUGCUGAGCUGCUGAUUGAGUACACGGUUGUGAGUGUAUCACUUCGACUUGACAACAACGAGACACUGGCUAAAGCGGAGGUAGAUGUGGUACUGCAGCGUCGAGUGGGAUAUCCUAUCAUCUCCAUCUAUGUCCCUACAGUCAUCCUCCUCAUCCUGGCCUACCUCUCCCUAAUCUUCAGGAGGGACGACUUCGAGACGAGGGUGGCCUCAGCGUUGACCGUACUUCUGGUUCUCGCUUCUCUCUUCACUCAGACAUCAACAUCACUUCCCAAGACUUCCUACUUCAAGAUGGUGGACGUGUGGUUGCUGUUCAGCAUCUCCCUCAUCUUCUUCGUUAUCAUCUACCACGUCGUAAUCGACUUGGCUCUCGAAGGGAAGCUCGUCGGCUCCUCCUCCAAGCCCCCUUCCCCGGUGAAAGUCGUUCCACUUGGCGUGCAUGCAGAUAAACGAGAGAAGCUACGCAAGACAGCAUCUUCCUCAAGUCAUUCCCCUGCUUCUCUACCCGGCUGGUUACACUCCGAAGGCGGAACGGCGCAGCAGAGAAAUAAGAAGCUCUCUGAGAAGCUGUCCACACAGGCGCUGGUCUUCAUCCCAUGCUACUUUACCGCCUUCAAUUUCGUCUACUGGAUGUAUAUUUUGACUUGAAGUGAUCGGGCUGUUGAGCUCGUAACAGAUCUCGCAAUUCUCGGCCCCUUCUUGUACAAAAGUCUAUACAUCUGUUACAUUUAUGGCAUCUCUCUAAACUGUGUUUGUUUUAAUAUUAUAUAAAUCACAUUGUAGACGGCACUGAAAACUGCACUGCCUCAGUGCUCAAUAUACAGAGUAUGUUUGAGGAGUUGAAUUGUUCGUGUCUGCCUACAGUUAUGUUGAUGGCUAUGAUGGUCUGGUUGAUUAUGUAGAAUAUAGUCGCAUAUAA